AUGAUGGACAAUGACAACGUUGAGGUAGUUGAAGUCAUGAUGGAUAAUGACAACGUUGAGCCAGACGAAGUCGCGAUGGACGACGACAACGUUGAAAUAGUUAUCGUGAACGGAGACGAACAAGUAUCAGAUGAUGAUAACUUUGUUGGUGUUUUCGAGCUUUCACCACUGUACGACAUUCAAGAGGUUGAACAAAUCGCCCCGGUUGUCGCUAGACUGUUGCUAGACCGUCCGGCUGGCGUUCAGCACCCACUACCGGAACCACACUACAUAGGCGCGUUGAAUUACGUAUGCCGGUAUUGUAGGGCCCGCCACUUUAAGUGCGAGGAAACAAGCCCGAAUAAUGUUUCUACAUGCUGCAACAACGGUCUGAUGGCCGUUUCAGGACCGUGUGUGUUGACACCUGCACCGUAUUUACUACAGAGGUUGUUGGUUGAAGAUUUGGUAGAAGGUAGACACUACCGAAAUAACAUCCGCCGGUACAACAACACUUUGGCAUUUGUUGCAUUUUCCACCGCCUUCAACACACGGCGCUUGCCAGGUCGGGGACCGAAUGUGUUUACUGUUCAUGGGCAGGGAUAUUGGACGAUAAGUAAUGACUUGAUCGGGAACGAACCUAUCCAACGCAGAUUCUGCCAGCUGUAUUUCGUCGAAUCCGGAGAGGCAAACCGGAUUUGUAGGGAGCAGCAGCAACUACUGCCUGCCGCACAACGUCUAUUGCCAAGUGUGCUCGGAGACUUAGACGGCCUGUUACGGGGCAUCAAUCCAUUCGCACAGGCUUUCGAGUAA